GUGUGGUACUGUAUCAAUACUAUUAUAUUCGAGUUCUUUUAUCUCCGUGGUUCGGGUUUUUUGUAUUUUCACCAAUGAAAAAAUUAAAGAAUUUUUGAAUUUGAAUAAAGAGUUUUGAAUUUUUUGAAUAAAGAAAAAUUUUGAAUUUGAGUUUGAAUUAAUAUUUUAAACAAUGUUUUCCUUAAUUUUGAACUUAUUCUCUUAAAUCCUUGUGGCCUCAACAUUCUGAGCUACUGGCACCGCAACCUGCUCUCCGGGCAUUUUCUUAGUUUUUGUUAAAUUUCAACGUUGAGAUUAAAUUUUCUCCCACGAAAAAUUUUCAAGUCUAUUUGAUUAUGAGUGAAUUAAUGAAGUUUAUUUUAUUACAUAGAUUGAUUUUGAAUGGUCGUAAUUUCCUCUUUGGUAAUUGGUAACGAUUUUGGUAAUUGUCAUAGCCUUCCUUUAAUUUCAUCAAAUUUUAAAUUAACUUUAAUAUCUCUGUGCCCCUAGGUUAUUCUUGUGGACUUCUUAGUUUACUUGCUUUAUUAGCAUAUCAAGUUCCACCUAGUUUUGGCUGUUUAAUGCAAAGUCCGUUCAAUGUACCUGCAAAGACUUCGUUGGAGUAUUCGAAUGUGACUAGUCUACGGCAGACGAACAGAGAAAAUGUUAAACUCUCCUUCCAGUGACAGAAACAAGUUUCCAAUUCUGGAAGUCCUGAAAGAAUUCAUCGGCCGAAAUCAGAACACGGAAUCCAAAUUAACUUCAGUUCUCGAACUAGCUUCUGGUUCAGGUGUGCAUGUAUCUUUUUUCGCACAACAUUUUCCAGCUGUUACGUUCCAGCCGUCAGAUGUUGAUCCGAAAAACUUGACCAGUAUUAAAGCGUAUAUCGAUCAUUAUAAAUUAUCGCAAUCUGUUAAAGAUCCGAUUGCAAUUGAUUUAUCAAACGUCGACAAAAUUCAACUGGAUCAUGACUUUGACAUGGUAUAUGCUUCUAACUUCACUCACAUAUCACCCAUUGUUUGUACGUUUGGAGCAUUCAGCAUAGCUUCGCGAUGCCUCAAACCUGGAAGCUACUUUUUAAUUUACGGGCCUUUCUCAAUCGACGGUGUAAUUUCACCCGAGAGCAAUCAAAGUUUUGAUGUUAGCUUGAAAAGUCGCAACCCAGAUUGGGGCUACAGGGAUACGUCUCAAUUGGAGGAGAUUUCUCGAAAUGCUGGUUUUAUUUUUGAGCGGAGAAUAGAAAUGCCAUCAAAUAAUUGGAUCAUGGUGUUCAAGAAAAAUUGAUAUUGUGUAUCUUAAGUUUAUUCAGGAUUUUCGGAAAAAGUGUUAACGAUAUAAUCAAUGAGCAGUUUAAUUAUUUAAGGAUUUUCCAAUAUGGUAUUGAUAUCAGAUGUCACUCUGCGACUACAUGAAAAUCUGGGUUUCCGAUUGGAAAUGCGAGUAUUCGGUCAAAUAAUCGAGCAGCACAACCUUAAAUUAUUCAAUAAUUGGUCCCUUGGUUGGGAUAACUUGCUUAUUUAAAGUGAUCUAAAGUAGGUUAAAUAAUAGUCUACAUUUUAUAUAUCGGAGCUUAA